AUGGCAGGAGUAGGUAACACAAAUUUUGAUUGUUUAGAGAUUAAAACUCGUAGUAUAGAACAAACUCUGCUCCCCCUUAUUAAACAGAUUUCUUCCCUUGUAGAGCAGCAUGGCAGCGCGGGGUCCCUUAGACCGUCGGCGGUGGCGCGAGUGGGACAGGCCGUCAAUUUGGCCGUCGAGAGGUUCGUCACGGUGGGCGAGACCAUCGCCGACGAUUACCCGGAAGUCCGCCAGGGAAUGUACGAGGCGUGUAAGGAAGCUCGUCAGGCUGGUGGCGCAAUCGAGCACAUAUGUGAAGAGACAGACGAAGAGGUGUUACCAGACAGAACUACCUUAAUAAGGGCUUCGAGGUGCCUCCUUGGUGCUAUUACAAGAGUUUUACUUUUGGCGGACAUUGUAGUGGUUAAGCAGCUUCUUCUCGCCAAAGAUAAGGUCUCUCACAGCUUGGACCGUUUAGAAUCGGUAAACAAUUUUACAGAAUUUGUGAAGGCGUUCAGCCAAUUCGGGGCCGAAAUGGUCGAGCUGGCACAUUUAACGGGAGACAGACAAAAUGAUUUGAAAGAUGAAAGGAGAAGGGCCCAAAUGGCCGCUGCUAGACAAGUUUUAGAAAGGUCGACAAUGAUGUUACUUACAUCCAGUAAGACUUGCUUAAGACACCCGGAAUGUACAUCUGCAAGGGAGAACCGUGAUACGGUAUUCUGUCAAAUGAGGAGAGCCAUGGAUCUUAUUCAUUUUGUUGUCAAAGAUGGUGUCUUAAAUAGUACUGAUUCAAGUGUUCAAUCCGUUCGUAGAGAAGAACUAUGUGAAAGCGACAGGGGCACUGCCUAUGCUUGUAUGAGGCAUUUACAGCACCUUCUUGAACAUAGCAAAAUCUCUAUGGAUCCUUCCUGUCAAGAGACACUUACGACUGCUUUAGAGGCUGUUCUAGAAAGAACUCAGGAUUUCACUGAUAGUGCCUAUACUAGUCAUGAACAUAGAGAAGCCAUUCUAGAGUGUAGCGAGAGAUUAAAAGCUGAAUUGGAUCAUCUUUUAGGGCUUUAUGCGAACGCUAUAGGGUUUGAAAAUGCGUCGAAUUGCCCAGAACUGGACAAUUCUGUGCAGGCGUGCAUAAAUUCAGCGAGGGACUUGUCGAAACAUUUAGCCAAUGCUGCCAUUCACCAAGCCCAAGAACUGAGUACAGCCACUAAACAGGGGUUGGAGUUAGUAGCUGCAAUCAGGCAACAGGCUAUUAUGUCUGAAAUUGAUAGACUUCAUCACACCUCCAAUGCCUUUCAAGAUUCCAUAGAUCAUAUUUUGGAGGUUUGUAAAUUACUGAGACAUGUGGCUGUGUCCGAAACCCUGCAGGUGUCGGCUAAGUUCACUGAGAUUAAUUUAAGAGUUUACGGCCCCCAAGUUAUCACCGCCGCUAAAUCGCUAGCCGCUUAUCCGGGAAGUAAAAUUGCUCAAGAAAACUUAGAGGUGUUCGCGGAGAUGUAUCAGUGGCUCGUGUCGGAUGUGACUACCAUCGUCAAGGACGUUCUUGAAGCGAGCCAGUCGAAGCCCGAGAAACAAGUCUAUAUGUCUCUUCCCAGGCCAGGCAAACACGGGACUACUUCAAAGCCGCUGAAAGCUGUGAGGCUGGAUACCGAGGAGCAGGAAAAAAUCGCAAAGUCCGGUCUGGAAAUGAAAUUGAUUACGAGCGAGAUGGACGCGGAGACGGAGAAAUGGCAAGAGAGCAAUAGCAAUACGCAGCUGGAGGAGAACAAUGAUAUCGUUAAGAGGGCUAAGAAUAUGUCCGCUAUGGCUUUUUCUAUGUACCAGUUCACGAAGGGGGAAGGAGAGUUGAAGACCACUCAGGAUUUAUUCACGCAGGCGGAGUAUUUUGCCGAAGAGGCUAACAGAUUAUAUAAAGUUAUCAGACAAUUUAGUUACCAGGUUCCCGGUGGUGCUAAUAAAAAGGAACUUCUUGCAAACCUAGACAAAGUACCGACGUUUGUUCAACGGCUGCAAUUCACCGUUAAAGACCACACAGUUGGGAAAGCGGCCACUUUUACAAAGGUUGACAACGUAAUACAAGAAACAAAAAAUCUUAUGAAUGUCAUUUCGAAAGUCGUAACUACUUGUUUCGAAUGCGCGACGAAAUACAAGCUGGAAUUUCGUGGUUCGGGUUCAGGCACAGGGAGAGGUUCUGGGUGUGAUGGGGGUUCUUCUAGUGGUGGCGGCAGUGGCGGAGACAACAAAGGUGGAGGGGCUACCGGAUCCGACCAAAGCUUAUGACAAAUGGGAAUGUCCCGGCGCAACAAGGGGGACUCGAGACGUACUCGGGUCUCCUUUUUGUUGUUCUAGGACAACUUUCUCGCUAUUUUUCUUUUACAUUACCGUUCGUGUAUUAUUUGAAUGACAUUUUCCAGAGAAAUCUCUUAUAGGCAGUAACUGAAUAUGUGCAGUCGCGUAGAAAAUAGAAUACAAUUUAUCAUAUAAAAUUUUUUAUCAAUGGUAUUAAGUUAUGUAGGUGCAUUGGAUGUUAAAAGAACACCGUCUAAAACUGCAACACUAAAACAAUAAAAUUCGCUCCACUUUCCGUUUUUUCUCCAGACCUAAUCUAACCUCAGUCAAAAUUAAUAUAUAAAGGUCAGAUGAACUAGUGUUCAAUUCGAUUUUGACUUUUUAUGAAGAUAUAGGAGUUUGAAGAUGACCUAAUGACAGUGCUUUUUUAAAUAAUCAAAGAAAGUUGUUUGGUCAUCUUCAUGUACAAAUUGAAGUCUUUCCAUGCACUGAGGAUGAUUGUUUAGAUUCAUUUGUUCGUAUUUAUUAGUACAAAUAUUAUGUUGCAUAAUUAUGCAAUAAUAUCCCUUUUCAAAUUUCUUUUCUCUAAAUAAUAAGCUCUACAAAGUAAUCACCGAUUUUCUUUUGUUUCUUUGUGUGCAUUGCUCUUUUGAAAGCAGUCAUGCCAUUUUUUCAUAAACAUUAUACCACUUGGAGUUGAUUCUUUCUGUUGUUCAAUAUAGGAUGCUACUAGCUCAUUUGCAGUUUUUGUAUGUGCGUGACUUUUUGUUCACAUGCUCUUCUUGAACACCUUUUUCCUCUUCUUCAUCAUCUUCAUCAAUAACUAUUUGCACAAUAUCAUCGUCAUUUAAAAACUCGUUUCCAAAACUUCGUCAGCAGGAAUCCAUUCAUUCACAUCUUCUGCAUUAAGAUAACCACACUCAGGAGGAACAAAUUAAAAACAUUUUUUUUGUAAACAGGCUUUUAGUGACGUCAUUUUAUUUUCGUAUUCUUCUCAGCAAACC